AUGAUGCAGCAAGCGGUGAAGUUUUAUGUUGACAUGAGAAGGCUUGGUCUUGUGCCUAAUGAGCAUACGUAUACUUCGCUUAUUGAUGCUAAUUGUAAGAUUGGUAAUCUCUCGGAUGCGUUUAGUUUGGGUGGUGAGAUGUUGGAGGCUGGUGUGGAGUGGAAUGUGGUUACUUACACUGCACUGAUCGAUGGACUUUGUGAUGCAGAGAGAGUUAAAGAAGCUGAAGAGCUUUUUAGCAGAAUGGAUGUUGCUGGUGUGGUUCCGAAUCUUGCGAGUUAUAGCGCUCUGAUUCAUGGAUUUGUAAAGGAGAAAAACAUGGACAGAGCGUUUAAGCUUCUAGACGAACUGAAGGGAAGAGGUAUGAAACCGGAUUUGCUGCUCUAUGGAACUUUGAUUUGGGGUUUGUGCGGUGUAGAGAAGGUCGAGGCCACUAAGGUAGUGAUGGAUGAGAUGCAAGAAUUUGGAAUUAGAGCGAAUACGGUGAUCUACACGACGUUAAUGGAUGCUUACUUUAAGUCUGGAAACGCCGCCGAGGGAUUGCGUUUGCUGGAUGAAAUGGUGGAGCAUGAUAUUGAAGUCACAGUUGUUACCUUCUGCGUUUUGAUUGAUGGUUUGUGCAAGAACAAGUUAGUAUCUAAAGCGUUUGGUUAUUUUGGGAGGAUGAGUAGUGGUUUUGGUCUCCAAGCUAACGCAGCGAUAUACACAGCGAUGAUUGAUGGUCUCUGUAAAGAGAAUCAAGUUGAGGCCGGGACAAGUCUUUUUGAAGAGAUGGCUCAAAAGGGUUUAGUUCCAGAUAGAACAGCGUACACUUCGUUGAUGGAUGGGAACUUGAAGCAAGGGAAUGUUUUAGAGGCUUUGGCUUUACGAGACGAAAUGGCUGAGAUUGGUAUGGAGCUUGAUUUGUUUGCUUAUACUUCGUUAGUGUGGGGACUCUCGCAGUGCAAUCAGUUGAAGAGAGCGAGAUCUUUCCUCGAGGAAAUGAUCGGGGAAGGGAUUCUGCCUGAUGAGGUUUUGUGUAUUGGUGUUUUGAAGAAACAUUAUGAGCUUGGAUGUAUAGACGAAGCUGUGGAGUUGCAGAGUUAUUUGAUGAAGCAUCAACUCUUGACCAGUGACAUCAAUAACAACGCACUUCCAAACAUGUGA